UAAAGAAAAACAUGUCUAUAAAUAUACAUAGUAGAUUAAAAAAAAAUGGAAACAAUCCAGAUGUCCAUCAACCAAGGAAGGAAUAAACAAACUGGGGUAUAUCCAUACAGUGGAAUAUUAUUCAACCCAGAAAGGAAUAAAGCACCAACAUGUGCUAUAAUGUGGCUGAACCUUGAAAACAUUAGGCCAAGGGAAAGAAGCCAGACAUAAAAGGACAAACGUUCUUUGAUUCCAUUUAUAUGAAAUGUCAAGAAAAGGCAAAGCCAUAGAGACAGAAGUAGAUUGAUGGUUACCAGGGAUGGGAGAAAGGGGUGAAUGGGGAGUGACUGCGUAAUAGGUACCGAGUUUCCAUCCGGGUGACGAAAAUGUUCUAGAAUUAGUGCCGAUGGUUGGAUGAAGUAAAAGCCACUGAACUAAUUGUACAUGGAAAACGGUUAAAAUCGUGACUUUAUGUGCAUUUUACCUCGAUGUUAAAAGACAGGAAGGAAAUACAUCAAAAAUGAUAAUCUUCGGCGAUGUUGGUUUUCUUCACCGCGCUGCAUUUUCCUAGCUGCCUACAAUAAACAUGCGGUGCCAGAAUAAACUUGAAUCGCUCCUGUUGCUGUGUGAAACAAGGCUGUCCAACUGUCAGGUGCACACAGACCCCCCGGGGGAUCUUGUUAAAGUGCAGAUUCUGAUCGGGCACGCUAGGGUGGGACCUGAGAGUCUGCAUUCCCAGCAAGCUUCCCCCGACCUCCCCUGGAGCAGCCAGGCUCCUGAAAUCAGCAGCCCAAGCAGCAGAUGAAGCAGGUGCACCGCAGCGGAGAUGCCCACACAGAGGAGACUCUUGCUUCUGGAUGCCCUCCCCCCCACCCCCCCGCCCCGGGGCCUAUGCAGUGUAGGACCCACUGAGGUUUAUCCGAAAUUCAGAUGUAACUGACUGCCCUCUGUUUUUAUUUGCUAACUCUGAAACCCCAGGCUGCGGUGGAGAAGAAGGGUUGAAGCUGUGGUUGUCCAGGCAACCUGGGGCUGAGACACUUCAAGGCCACUCAAGGCGGCUUGCUGGGUGGUCCCGUCGACCUAACAGAUAGCCACCAACACGGCUUACUCCUCAGCUGGCCCGCCCGUCUGCCAUCCUCCCCACUGCCCUUGGGUCUGUUUCACCCACCUGGCCCCCUCCUGGGGAAGACUGCCCUGGAAACUGGCACACAGACUCCCACCUGAUCUGGCCGCCUGGUCCAGCCGCCCACAGAGCAGAGGAGUCCCCUCCAGGACACCGCUGCCAGGCAGCCUGACCCGCCGACCAACCCGGGGUCCGUAACCGAGGGCCAGGAGGCAGUCUGCAACAGCCUUGAGACUCGGGCGUGAGUGGAGGCUCGGACGAGGUACUUCGCUUCUCUCUGGGCCUUGACACCUACCUGUAACAGGUGGAUAACACUUCCUGUUCCCCAGUUCUGAUGAUGAGAUGAAACCAUUUCGAAAUAGCGCUCUGUGCACUGCCUGGCACCCAGUAAACGCUCAAGAUAUCGAGGAAACCAUAGCUUCUUCUCUUCCCCUCCCACAAUGCCCAGCACGGGGCUAAGCACAGCUGACAUUCAGCACGCACCCGUGGGAGCUGAACAGCAGGAACGUCCCGGAACAGUGAAGGGACGCACUGCUCUGACCUGGACAGGUGGCCUCCUCACACCCUCCCAGCUCUGCCUCUAAUUCUUUGUGACUUGAGGAUGGCCCUCACGGAGGAACAGCAGGUGAUGUUUGAGAAACUGACUCUGUAUUGCGACAGCUACAUCCAGCUCAUCCCCAUUUCCUUCGUGCUGGGCUUCUACGUGACGCUGGUCGUGACCCGCUGGUGGAACCAGUACGAGAACCUGCCAUGGCCCGAUCGCCUUAUGAACCUGGUGUCGGGCUUGGUGGAGGGCAAGGACGAGCAAGGCCGGCUGCUGCGGCGCACGCUCAUCCGCUACGCCAACCUGGGCAGCGUACUGAUCCUGCGCAGCGUCAGCGCCGCAGUCUACAAGCGCUUUCCCAGUUCCCAGCAUCUGGUGAAAGCAGGCUUUAUGACCCCCGCGGAACGCAAGCACUUAGAAAAGCUGAGCUUGCCGCACAACACGUUCUGGGUGCCCUGGGUGUGGUUUGCCAACCUGUCAAUGAAGGCGUGGAUCGGAGGUCGAAUCCGGGACCCUGUCCUGCUCCAGAGCCUAUUGAACGAGAUGAACGUCUUGCGUACUCAGUGUGGACUCCUGUUUGCCUAUGACUGGAUCAGUAUCCCACUGGUGUACACACAGGUGGUGACCGUGGCGGUUUACAGCUUCUUCCUGGCUUGCUUGAUCGGGCGGCAGUUUCUGAACCCGGCCAAGGCCUAUCCUGGCCACGAGCUGGACCUCGUUGUGCCCGUUUUCACGUUCCUGCAGUUCUUUUUCUAUGCUGGCUGGCUGAAGGUGGCAGAGCAGCUCAUCAACCCAUUUGGAGAGGAUGAUGAUGACUUUGAGACCAACUGGAUUGUCGACAGGAGCCUGCAGGUAUUUGGGGAGAGGGGGCGCCUAUCCUGUGGUCCUUCCCUGAAAGGGCCAGGGAGGGGACCCCACAGGUCUGCAGGAAGGCCUCACCGUGAACUGCCCCCUCCCAGCCAACCAUUCAUUCACAGGAUUCUCACCCCAACUUCCGAGGCUGAAGAUGGGCAUCAGUCUCUCCAUUUCACAAGUAGGGAAACUGAGGCCCAGAGAGAGGGAAGUGACCUCUCCAAGUCAUCUAGCAAAUUCAAGGUCCUGCUUGGGCUGACCUUUCUGCUGGAUUUUCCUUCUGUGCCUGGCAACCAGGUGUCCCUGUUGGCUGUGGACGAGAUGCACCAGGACCUGCCCCCAAUGGAGCGGGAUAUGUACUGGAAUGAUCCAGAACCACAACCCCCCUAUACAGCUGCUUCCGCCCAGUAUCGUCGACCCUCCUUUUUAGGCUCUACCUUCAACAUCAGUCUGCAUAAGGAAGACAUGGGGUUUCAGGCAAAUCCAGAAGACGAGGAGGACCCUCAAACUGGCAUCAUUGGCCGCUUCCUAGGGCUACAGUCCCACGACCACCAUCCCCCCAGGACAAACUCAAAGACCAAACUACUGCGACCCAAGAAAGAAGGCCUUCUCCAAGAGGGCCAGCCCAAGAAACUCGGGAGUGCCAGACAGCACCCUAGGAACCAGGAAGGCGGCAAGCCUUGGAAGAUUGAGGAAGAGGAUGAUGCUUUCCAGACUGCUGCACUAUACGGGAGGUCAGGCUACCACAGUGCCCCCCAGACGCCCCUCAGCCACACCCCUAUGGUCUUCCCACCUGGAAAGUCAGCACCCUCAGGCCUUCGCAGAGUCUCAGGCACAGACAGCGCUGUCAAAGACCAAAGCCUACAGCCUGUGACUCCUGACAGAGAGAACAGUUUUGAACUGCUCUCAGAUGGCGUCGGGUCCUCGACGGAGAACCCACAAUUGGGUCACAUGAAGAAGAAAACCGUUGAGUUUAACCUGACUGACAUGUCGGAGACCUCGGAACAUCUCAGAGAAUCACAUUUGGACCAGUCAAGCAACAUAGAGAUAAUACUCAGAAGUCACGGAGAUCCCUACUGGGCAUUGGAAGACAGGGAUGAAGCACACUCUUAGCCUGUUUCCCCGAAAGGGACACUUCACCGGCCUGGUCCUACCUGCAUGUACACCAGCGGGACACUGAUCCAGUCAUAGCCACAUAGCUGUCCACACUGAAGCAUACGUUCGUAUCACAGCCUGAACUAAAUGGUUAGCUUAAUGGGUAACAAAAUCAGUAGUUUCAGGACUACUUAAGCCUUUAAGUGCCUUUUGUGCAUAAAAAUUGUGAAAACUAGACCCAAUCACCGGAAACCUGUAAUUCAAAACAUCAAAUUCAGCAUCCGGAGUCCUUACGUCCUGUCUGAAUUCCACACCCCCAACCUUGACAUCUUUCCCAAACUAAAGAGUUUAAUAAAUACAAAUCCUCCUAGGCAUUUCAUUUGGUUACCGUGGUUGAACUGCAGCACUCACAGAUUUUGCACAGAGGACCUAGAUCCAAUUCUAGCCCAUCUCAACUACUCAAAAGACAACAGCUGGGUACCAAAUUACUUUAUUUGAAGGAAUGGUACAAAUGAAAGAAGUUAAGUAGAUGUUUUGGUACAACUUCUAGAAAAGGGAAAGGUAACCCCAACACGCAUGCACUGCCUCGGUGACCAGGGAAGUCACCCGUGUGGCGAUGGGAAGACAGCCUAAGGCUUAGCUCUCAUUAUCACUGUUUCCCAAGGUGUGCUUGUCAAAGAGAUACUCUGCCAUGCCGGAUUCGGGAGCCCCCAUCUUGCGCAGGUUGGUUACGUGGUCACCCAGUUCUUUGAUGGACUUCACCUGCUCAUUCAGAUAAUGCGUCUCAAUGAAGUCACACAACUAGAAAACAGAAAUGGGGAAGAACGUUAUUGGUAAGCUUUCCCAGGAGAGGCAAACGGUUCCCUCCACGGGCUCCCCGGUUGUCAGUACUCACAUGGGGGUCGUUUUUGUCAGUGGCCAGUUUGUGCAGUUCCAGUAGUGACUGAUUCACACUCUUUUCCAAGUGUAACGCACACUCCAUCGCAUUCAGCCCGUUCUCCCAAUCGUCACGGUCUGGUUUCUGAACGAGAGGAGGUCAGGUCAACGCACCUGCAGCCUCUACCAGCCCACAAGUCAGCAAGCACCUCAAACGUGCGCUUCACAAGGGACAUCCAAGUUUCUCCUGCAACAGCUUCCAACUUAACACCCUCGCCCACUACUCUUUGCUGCCUUUAGCUUAGAUGGUUAAGCCUAAAAAAAGCACAAAAUCCCGAAGUUGCCUCGUUUUACCAGGGCAACUGCUAGCUUCCGAGUGAUUCCUGACACCUGAGGACUGCUAGGUAGCUUACUUAGGAGGCACGGCACCUCUAGGAUCUUUCGUUCACCUUGAUAUCCUGAAGGAAGAUUCGGCCACCUCGCUGGUUCUGCAGCUUCAUCAGCUUCUCAGCAUGUUCCCUCUCCUCAUGAGAUUGGUGAAGAAAAUAUUUGGCAAAGUUCUUCAAAGCCACAUCAUCACGGUCAAAAUAGUAAGACUGAAAGGGGAACAUCAAUGUUAGGCUAAGGAGUCCCAAGAAAGGCACUCUGCUGGCCUAAGUCUUUCUUUCUCAAAGCGCAGCAAGAAAGGGAUCUGUGCUGAAGGAGACUGGGGGCAGGUUGUGUUCCUGGAAUGAACACAACAGUAAUUAUUGUCUUUAUUUUGGUCCUUGAAAUUGAAAGUUUACUACAAGGAACCUUUAGACUAUCAUGGAAUUGCCCCCAGCAUGGAAUUUCUUAAGGCUCUGUAUUAGUGCAAAGUUCUUCUGCCCAACGUCCAAUUUGAUUGGAGAGGGUGUGGGAGUAUUUACCCUGUACAAAUAGUGCCUUCUCUCUCUACUCCCUGGUUAACCCCUGUCAGAACAUGAACUUGCCAGCUUACAGCAGCCUGUAAAAUUUCUAAAUUUAACAAAUUUCUAAAAUUAACCCAUUAGGGAUGGUGAGCUGUGGGCAAUGCUAAUGUAUACAAAUACAUUGCCAGCAGAAAGCAAAAAAAAAAAAAAAAGCAAAACAAAAA